GUCGUGUCGUUGCAGCCGUCGUGGACGUACAACCCGCCACCUCUGUACUGUCUGCAAAUGAGGGCCUGUGCACUGCUCGCGUUUCUCUCCGUCGUAUGUUGCGACGGGUUCACAACACCGCCUUCUUCCUCGAGAAUGGUAACCCCAACCAUGUCCCACGGGCAGCGGGGUAGUGGACCCGUGUCGCGCAAGGCGCUGCUUAAGACCGGAGCAGCAGGCUUGGCCUCCCUAGGCCUGUGGUUCGCGGCGGGCUCCGACGCGGGAAGGCCGCAAGCCGCCUUUGCAGCACAAAGGGUAGGAAGCGGAGGGCCAAAGUUUUCUAAAUCGGGUUAUGACCUUGAUCCGUUGACUCCUGAGGAGGUGGAGGCCAGGGUAGACAAACUGACGGAGCUGCAGAAGGUCGUCCUGACCCAGGCGGGUACGGAGCGACCGUUUCAGGGCAAGACGGUGAACGGGUACAACGGUGGCAUCAAGGCGGAGGGUACCUGGGUCAGCGCGGUAUCGGGGGUCCCCCUCUUUAGCUCCGACACCAAGUACGACAGCGGCACCGGCUGGCCGAGCUUCUACGCGCCGAUAGACCCCGAACACGUGAUCGAGCGUGUCGACCCGAAGGACGCGGCGAGCAUGCCCAAGUUCUUGCAACGAGUCGAGGUGCUGGACAGAAAGAGCGGGACCCACCUCGGACAUGUUUUCAACGACGGCCCAAAACCCACCGGCAAGCGCUACUGCAUGAACGCGGCCGCUAUGGCAUUCAUCCCCAAGGAGGAGCCGUUGCCAGUUAAGCCAUCCUUCAAACCCUAAUGAGGUGUUUUGAGGUGUUUCAAGUGGUGUUCUCGACGUUUAGAAGAGAUGCAAAGUCUGUCCAGACCUUCCGCUCAUCGCAACUCAUCGUUGGUUCCAGCUGGAUGGGGUUUCCCUGGACGGUGUGGAAAAUGGAGGGAGGGAUAUAUGGUCGGCAUCAUGAGCGAAACGGCAUGAUUUUUCGUUGCCUUCCUUGUUUUGCUGUAGUUGUCCCUGUCCGAGACCAAUAUAGACCAAGUUGGGCUCGCGACUACGCGAGCUUCUACAGCAAGCGGGAAGAUGGUAAGUCUUGUCUGUGCGACCUGCGUCGGCUCUGCGAUAAUGGCUAAAGGAGAUAUGCCGGACUGGUUUGUAGAGAAAGCUAGGACGAGAACAAAAGCCGAACGUAGCGGUGGCUGAUGUAGUUCGAUGAGACACGAGCGAGCGCAAGGUUGUGUGCGCAUUGGACGUUCGGUCUUUGCCUACACCCCUCGUCCCACCGUUUCAGUCGAUUCGAUGCGAUGUUUUUCUAGACCAAGAUCGACAAACAAUUUACUCCUAUUAAUAGUAGAAACUUCCUGAAGCAGGGCUCACAUCGCAUCACGUGGUUACUCUCUGUAACUUGUAACCGCCGGGUGUUUUUUGUGGAUGCGUGAGCGGGAGGCAAGCUUGGCUUCGGGGCUUUGGUCUGGUUUCGAUAUUUGUAGUCCGGUUUUGACCAUUGGCACCCUGCUCGCCCGGGGGCGGGGGCGUCCAGCUACGCACGCGCAGGACCGCAUCUCCGUCUUACGCACGCUGUUUUGACGACAAUUGAACGCGGAUUGACUCGUUGGGGUAUGAUCUGGUGCCGACGGCAUGGGGGAGAGAAAAACGCGGCGUGCGAUGUAAAGAGUGUGAGUCCGGCUUCUUGGAGCGAGACUGCGGCGUAGAGCGGUUUUCGAAGAGGUGUUUUCCGGAGUUUUUUCUCUUUGCGCAAGGUUUUAGCUGCCCCCGCCACUCACCAAACAACAGCAACAACUGGGUGGCGCUACCCCCCUCACUUAGAUCGAUCGUAUGCAAAGCUGUGGUUACCCGUUGCCAGCGUAAAGAUCCUUUCCCUUGGUCAGCCGAUUGUCGCGCUAGACUUGCUUCCUCGCAUGGAGCUCUGCCACUGAGAUCCAUCGUAUGCAUGUGCACAGGAGCUGCUGUGUGCUCGAUCACGACUUCACUCUAGAUGCCGCUAAGUAGAGAGACUGCUGUUGAUGUUCUUCUCCGCUCACAGCAUCGAACGUGAUUCUGGGAAGUAUAAGUAUACAUGUGUGCCUUGUCCAGGACAGCUAGAUCCCCCUGGUGCACUUCUACAUACAACGGACGCGGCCCAACUGAUGCCUACCGCAAACCCCAACAGAAUCGUCCAGAAGAGGCUUUACU